AUGGCUACGUCCGGCCCCUUUCGCAUCGUCGAACAUGUUGUCCCUGGCGAGCAUAUCCGAGAGUACCCAGCAGCAACGGCGAACGAACAGGAAGAGAUGCUAUAUCUGGCCGUGAAGCAAUAUAUUCCACUAGAUAAUCCGAAUCCACAGCUGGGGGAUGUCACUAUUAUCGGAGCGCAUGCUAAUGGGUUUCCCAAGGAACUCUACGAGCCUCUUUGGGAGGAGAUAUACAAACGCUCGAAAGCAAAUGGAUUUCGCAUCCGGAGUAUCUGGAUGGCCGAUGUAGCGCAUCAAGGCCGGAGCAGCGUCAUCAACGAGGACCGUCUGGGGAAUGACCCUAGCUGGUUCGAUCACCCGCGUGAUCUCCUUCAUCUUAUCAACAUGAAGCGCGAUGAAAUGCCCCGACCUCUUAUUGGGAUCGGACAUAGCAUGGGCGGUGCGCAUAUCGCACAACUCUCCCUAAUCCAUCCCCGUCUCUUCCACACCAUCAUCCUUCUAGACCCCGUCAUCCAACGCCAAUCUAGCACACACGAAUCCCAAAGCUCCCAGCCUACCAGCCUAAUCGCCAAAACUGUACAACUCUCCACCUAUCGCCGAGAUAUCUGGCCUUCGCGCAAAGCCGCCGCAGAAUCAUAUGAAAAGAGCCCAUUUUACCAAGCCUGGGAUCCUCGCGUUCUAGAGCGCUGGGUGCAAUACGGUCUCCGUGAUUUGCCAACAGCGAUCCACCCACUCGAGGAGUCGCAGCUAAAAGGGAAAGACGCCAAGGACAGAUACGCGAACCACCCCGUCACGUUAACCAGUACCCUCCACCAGGAAGUCUUUACAUACUCGCGACCCAACUACGACAGGCCACCUGGAACGGAUACCCCCGUGAACAAAAUGACGCAUCCCGAUCUAGACCCGAGCUCGCUAGACACAUACCCGUUCUACCGGCCAGAAACGUCGCGGAUCUUUGCGCAGCUGCCGCAUCUCAGACCUAGUGUUCUAUAUAUUUUCGGUUCUAAAUCGGAUAUCUCUCUCCCGGAGGUUAAUGCGGAGAAAAUGGCCACAACGGGGGCUGGUGUCGGCGGGAGCGGCGGUGCUCAAACUGGGCGAGUGCGCGACGUCACCCUCGAUAAGAUAGGGCAUCUCGUGGCACAAGAAGCGCCCGCUCAAUGCGCUGAAGCUGGUAGUAGCUGGCUGGGUCAGGAGCUGCAGCGGUGGCGGGACGAAGAUCAGGCUUUCAGGGCUGAGUGGAGUAAGAAGUCCAAGAUUCAGAAGGUGACCGUUGAUGCGAGAUGGAAAGAACAUAUUCCUCCCAUGAGGAAACCCAAGAAGACACCGUCCAAGCUGUGA